AUGAGCCUGUUUACAAACUGUGUGGUCUGUUUUCCUGUAUGGGACAUUGCUCAUCAUGAAUCUAAAUACAGACAAUAAGAAAUAAGAUGAUCUGAAUGAUAGUUACAAUGUCACAGGGCAGAUAAAAUAACCAGAACACCGCACAAGUUAAUGCAGUAUCAAUGAAGUAAACUGCUUAUCAGCAGCAUAUUGGGGCUUUAUUAGUCAUUUAAUUAGUCAUCUUCUGUGCAGCCUGCAGUGAAGAAACUCACAGAGAGCCACCAAGAGGAAGACUCAUAUCAUCUUUCAGAGCAAUUGAGCUCAUUUCCUUUGACAGUGAGCUUAAAUAGGCCCAUAGUAUUUAUAGCCCACAUAACCUUCUGAUCUUUUUGCCCAGUAGCCACAGACUUCUGCCUUGGUGGUCUGUGUUUCCACUGGAACAGUCAAGAAGACUGCUUUUUGUCUGGCAUUUCUGAUUGUGUGCUGUUUAUGAUCAGUAAUGAGACCUAAUUAAAGUUUGAAUGUGAUUGAAUGUGAAAACAGUUUCAUUCACUCAUUAAUGUUUUGUAGAUAUUUCAGUUAAAUCUGUUGGUGUUGAAUCUCAUGCUUUAUUAACGAUGUCACAUAGAAAAAGUUAAUGUUAAUGUCAGCUUCUCAUGUCUCUGCACUUAGUAGUUGCAAAAACACUGUGGACAGUAAUAGAAUUAUAUUAAGGAAACUGUUUGGUUUCAUUUAUCUUGUUGACUUCUUAUUCCUCAUCUUCUUAUUCUGCAGUGUGUUAAAAAGGAGGAAGUUUUUUGCUCAUAGAAGUUUGUUUAAGUUAUAAACUAACUGCAGACAACUCUUUCUGUCACGUCUGCUCUCGCUGAAGCAACUUUCACACCUUUUUGAUGAGUUCAUGCUGCAGUUUACAGUACAGUAUACACAUGUGUGCUGUAUGAAGAGCUGAUAGACUAAAAGUAACUAAUAAUAAAUUCAAAUCAUUAUUGUGAAAGACAAAGUGAAGAAAAACACACUGAGUCCAUUCUGAGGCUUCCCAUGUCAAAAUCUUUAAUGCAAUAUAGAAAUUUUAUUUUAUUAAACUAAGAAUACUGAGAAUGAAAGAGGAAGGAAGGUUGCUUUGUGGUCUCAGAGCUGCAUGUUGUGUGAACCACUAAAAUACAAACCAGCACCAACCAACACCACCAGCCUGUUCACUCCAGCCUUCACUCUGGAAGAGAGAACUGACUUUUAUCUGUCUUCAUUAUUUUUUGAAAGGCUUGUAUUCCAAAUAAUUCAGCUGUUGAGGUCUCGCUCAUACAAAUGCUGUUACACCUCUUGAUUAGAAAGCUGAAGGAUUCAACAGCCAUGUUGCUGACAGAAGCUGGAUGUGUUUGUCUGGGUUUCAUCCUGCUCAUCUCAGGGGUUCAGGGACAAACAAGAAGGAUCUGUGCAUUAAAAGGUUCAUCAGUGGAUCUGACCUGCUCACCUCAACAUCCCACUUCACCCAUGAAAUGGUACACUGUACAUUGGGAUGGAUCCAGAGACGUUCUGAAUGAACUCACUGCAGAUGGAAAUCGUGUAACGUACAACAUGUCUGAAGAGAAUCACCCAACUCUAACAAUCAAAGAUGUUAGAGAAAGUGAUCAAAACAGUUAUUGCUGCAGAGAGGAAACUGACCAGCCACACCGUUGCUGGUUCAAUCGGAUCCAGCUGCAUGUUGCAGAGCUGCAGGUGAAGGUGAUUCCCACCGCAGAGGGACACACAGUAACACUGAUGUGUAGCACCAGCUGUCCUCUGACUGGAAACCCUGCAGCCUACAUGUGGUACAAGAACAGAGAGUUUCUCUAUCAGGACUGGUCUCCCUGGUACCAACAGCUGGUCAGCAGUGAGGAAGCAGUCAGAUACUCCUGUGCUAUCAAAGGCUACGAGGAUCUCAGAGCCCCUGAAGUCUCAGUGGAUUCUGUCACAUCAAGCUGCUUUAAGGUGACCUAUGCUGGAGGCACAAUGUGUUCUUCUCAGCAGACAUCAGUGGAUGAGCCCUGCUCCAUCACAUAUCCAACAGAAGUACAUGUUCAAAAGACUCCUGCAGAGACUGAUGUCACACUGAGCUGUCAGACCGUCUGUCCUCUGAGUGACGCCCACAUUGCCUACACGUGGUACACAGGAGAAAACGCUUUCUUUGCAUCUAAACAGUUUUCACGUUCCCGCUCCUCUCAUGAAAGCUUCUCCUGUGCUGUCGAAGGCCUCAAGGAUCUGCUGUCUGCUGCCGUCUGUCUUGAUGAUGAUUUGAACUGCUGGAGUGUGAAUUAUGUCAGCAGGAGAAUCUGCGCUCUGAGAGGCUCUUCAGUCAGCAUUUCAAGUAAAUAUUCUCAUCCCAACCAGCAGCCACCAAAAUCUAAAUCCUGGUAUAAAAUAAAGAGAAGUGCGACAGAAGGAGAUAAAGAGCAGAUGAAGGCUGCAGGUCGAGUGAGUUACCACGACAACAUGAAGAACCUCCACAUCCUGACAAUCACUAACCUGACUGAGAAUGACUCAGCAGAAUACACAUUCAGACUCCAGCGACAAGAUGGACAAUGGAAACGAUCUGAUGUUCUUGGAGUGACUUUGGUUGUCACAGGUGUGAAAGUGGACUUCAGUCCUUCUGCAGUGGUGACAGAAGGUCAGAGAGUCACACUGACCUGCAGUACCAGCUGUCCUCUGACUGACGACACAAACUACAUCUGGUACCUGAACAGUCGACCUCUGACCCUGCCACAGGACCAAAACAAACACCUGCUUCUAGACCCAGUCAGCAGGCAGCAUGCAGGAAACUACUCCUGUGCUGUCAAAACUCUCCAGAUCAUCAGCUCUCAUGAAAACACUCUCACUGUCCAAAGUGUCGCAGGAAACUGGACAGCAGCAGCAGCAGCAGCUGCAGCAGUCGGUGCUGCUCUCCUGGUUUUAACAACCUCUGCUGUUUUCUGGUGGAUUAGAAGAGAGAAGACGUCCAGCCAGUCCCCAAGAAGUGAAGCCUCAGAGCAGCCAAACCCUGAUGCCACGUAUGAAAACAUCUCAGCUCCAUCAGCAGAGCAGGAUGACCAUCACCACUGCAGACUCCACUUCUCUGAGAACCACAAAGAUGAUCUCUACGCCAACAUCCAGCCAAAGCCUUCUGACUACACAAAUGUGUACAUCCAGUGAAUCAGACUACUUCCACAGCAUUUGCUCUUCAUUUCUGUCAGCUUUCUAUAGUGCAUUAAUGAGAGAUUUCAUUGUGGCAGAAGCCACACACUGUGUAUUCAAACUACAAAAUACAAAUAGGUUGCUUUUUUCAUUUUAGUGUCAAGUCCAGCUGUGUUUCUGUUUACUUCCCUGCUGCAUUUUAAAUAUAAUAAGACCGGUGUGACAGGGAGACAUGUCCCAGAUCGCUCAUAUUCCCAUAGAAAUCAUCUGUCCCUGUCCUUUCACGCUAUUUUGCAUCCAUUAUAAGCUCACAUCUCCUCUGUUCUUUCACAUGUAUGCUGUAUAAAGAGCUGAUACUCAAAGUAAAAACUAAUUCAAAUAAAAUUAAAUGAUCAUCAUGAAA